AUGCUUACCCUUAGAGAAUUGGAGCAAGGCCGUGGCCGAAUCUCGUAUAUGAAGCAUGACUUCUUCGAAGCUCAGCCUGUGAAAAACGCCGCAGCAUUUUUCCUGCGCCAGUGCACUCACAACUGGUGCGACCGAGAUGUCGUUCGCAUUUUCAAGGGGAUCGUUCCAAGUCUUGAGGCGUCUGGUCCUGGUGUCCCCUUUCUGAUAAAUGACACCAUCAUCCCGGAGCCGGGGUCUAUUCCUCUCCAUGAAGAGCGAGCGCUCAGGCAGAUGGAUAUGCUCAUGAUGAUUGCACUCGGUGCAAAGCAAAGAACCAGGGCUGAAUUCGCCGCGCUAUUGAAAGAAGCUGACCAAAGAUAUGAGAUUGUCAAUGCAUAUGCAGAAGGCAGCAGUAUGGGAUUGCUCGAGGUAGAACUCAAGGUUAAUUAG